AUGCUACGGAAAACGCAUACGGGGACAUGGUUGCCGGCGUGGGUGCCAGAGUCUACUUUGGUCUUGUCGCUCCUCCUCAUCAUGUGCUCGUUUGUACAGUCCUGUACGGUUGGCUACGACACUGCAUUGCUCAACGCGCUCAACAUCCUGCCUGCAUACAACAACUACUUUAGGCUCAGCGCAGCAACGACAGGCCUGAACACCGCUUCUAUCUUCAUCGGUGGCAUUCUAGGACCUUUGUUCGCAGGCACGAUGGCGGACAGGCUAGGGAGAAGACUAGCUAUCUUCUGGAGCAGCCUGGUUGCCAUAAUUGGUGUUGUGCUGCAAACAGCUUCUCAGAAUAUUGCCAUGUUUGUCGUUGGCCGCAUUAUAAUCGGACUCGGAGCAGCUUCUUGUGGGAUUGCUGGCGGCGUGUACCUCUCCGAGAGUUUCCCUAGUCGAUUCCGAGCAUGGGGUGUAGGAUCUCUCAACGACUUCUACUGGAUUGGUGCAAUCCUGGCGGCCGGAAUUACCCUCGGGACUGGUACUUGGACCAGUUCUUCCUGGGCUUGGCGAGUGCCGUCGCUCAUCCAAGGCCUCUUCUCUCUGCUUUGCAUUCUCAUCUUGCCGUUUGUCCCGGAAAGUCCGCGUUGGCUUCAGUACCAGGGCUACUUCGACGAGGCUCGCCUCGCCGUUGCACAAACGAAUGCCAACGGCAAUAUAUCCGAUCCGGUGGUGAUAAGCAUCUAUGAAGAGAUUGCGGGUGCCCUGAAAUCGGACAAGGAAUGCAAGAGCUCCAUCGUAGAGAUUUUCAAGGAUCCGAUACUGCGGAGGAGGUUCCUUAUCGGAACUUCUGUUGGACCCAUGUCCACUGUGGUUGGAAAUCUCAUCAGCCUUUUCUAUCUGGGGCCGGAGCUCAGCAUGGCUGGAGUCACCGACAGUCGCGCCCAGCUACAUAUCAACCUUGUUCUCAACGCUUGGUGUCUAUUUUGCUGCCUGUUGGGCACCUUUCUAGUCACCUCGUGGGGUCGGCGUCCCACAGCUCUUGUUGGCCAGAGCCUGCUUAUCGCCUGCCUUUUCAUUAUUGGAGGUCUAACGAAGGUGUACGCGGACAAUGGUCCGAAUGACACAUCUACCAGCCUUCUAUAUGGGAAUGUAGCAGUGAUUUUCCUCUUCCAGGGAUUCUACUCCCUGGCCUGGACACCGCUCAUCUAUCUCUACCCAACUGAGGUCAUGAAUUAUAGUAUUCGAGCUAAUGGUGUGGCUUUCUCGGAGUUUAUGCUGAGCAGCCUAACACUCCUCCUGGUAUUUGUCAUGCCAAUCGCCUUGGAGAAUAUUGGUUGGAAGAUGUACAUCAUCAACGGAAGCUGGGAUGUCAUCGUGCUUCUGAUUGUGGCAUUGUUUUGGGUUGAGACCAAAGGCAAAACUCUAGAAGAGGUCGACACUAUCUUCGAGCGAGGGAGUCCGCACUCAAAUGAGUCUGACAUUGAAGCCCGCCGUGGACAGAAGACCAUUCAUGUGGUCGAAGUUACACUUCAGCAGAACCCAUCAUAG